CCCGUUGAGCAAUCUACCGGAGCGCGAGAGGUAGCGAAGGCAGUCCUAAUGGCGGAGAGUGUUCGGUCGCCUUUUGACUACCGGGAGCCACCGACCCUCGACAGCGACGGGGAUGGGAGCAAGCCGCCGCCUCCGCGGGGCCGCGUGUGUGGGAGAAAACGGAAGGGGACACCUGUAAAGGUGUGUGACCGAGCAUAUGUAACAGAAGAUGAGGAGGAGGAGAGCAUGUCGGAACACAGUUACAGCCCUGGUGAUGGCCAGUACCCAGAGGGUGCAGAAGACCGUCUCCCUCCACCUGGCAGUCCUUACUACCUGCCUGAUCCUGCUCAGCUCUGUGUGCCAGAAUUGGGGGAGGAAGGGGCGAGUGGCGUUCGGGGGCCUGUGCUCUUCCAUCCGCCACCCAACUGUAGGAUUCGAGAGGUUCACUGUGGGACACAGGUACGGUUGGUUGUCAUAGCGAUCCGAGAUAUUGCCAAAGGGGAGGAGAUCACAGUGGACUAUAGCCUGACAGACUGGGGCGAGAAUGCAAUGGAGGAUGAAGCUGGCCCCCACCCACUGUCCCUCUCUGUUUCUGAUUACCUCACUCCCUCCUGGUCAUUAUCACCCUCAUCCUCCCCACUAACCCACUCUGAACCCAGUGACUCUGAUCGUGAAGAGGACGAAGAGGAGGAAGAUGACGAUGAUGACGAUGAUGAUGAAGAAGAGGAAAUUGAAGAAAUUCGGGGCCGAAUGCUGCGUCGUCGCAAGAAACGCAAGAUUCCAGCUGUUGCUGUUGAUACAAAGAAGAAGAGUGUGGCCACCUCUUCCAGAGGGCCUGGGCGCCCAUGCUCUUCCUUUUCCCGCCCAGGAUCUGUUGCACCCACAGACAGGUCCCAGUCCCAGGCCCCAGUAAGUUCCCUGGCCCCACCAACCACCAAUAUCAACAAUAACAUUAAUAUCAACAUAGGUAGCUCCAGCGGUGCCACAGUGAGCCGGCGGCAGCACUGCCCGUACUGUGGCCGCCACUAUCGCUCUCUGGCACGUCACCUGGAGAAACACCACGCCAACCAGCCUGAUGUCAGAACGGCCAUGGAGCUGGCACACCACCACACACACAGCUCUUCAAAUGGCAGCGCGUCACACCCUCAACCCUCAUCGUUGUCCACCUCUGCCGCUCACAGUCAUUCCUUUGCUGUCCCUCAGCCCUCAGCCUCAAACACUGCCCCGCCUCCUCUCUUCUCUAGGGAGAGGGAAUCGCCAGCUACUCGCUCAAGCACAGGCGCCGUCUCAUUCUCCCUCUCACUUUCACCUCCUUCUUCGGGUCAGUCCGGAUCCACUAAGAAGGGGCCGAGCUUAACACUGCCUGCCACAAAGCGCCCUGCGCCCCCAGUGGUGUCUCGGGUAAAGAGUCCAUCACCGCCUCCUCCGGCUACUCCCAGGCGGGGUCGGAGAAUGAAGAAAGAAAAGCUAGAAGAGCAGCAGAAGGUAGAAGAGGAGCUGGUUCCACCUCCCACUCCAGAACCAGACAUAGAUCCAGAAGAAGACCUGGUGCUGAGUGGAGAGGGAGAAGAAGAGCCAGCAGAGGAGAAAAAUGGGGAGAUUCCAAGCACAAACAGACAUCACAUGUCUCCACUCCUCUCCUCCCUCUCUUGUCUGGUCCUCUACCUCCGCCGCCAGCAGCACUCCUCUUUCCUCUCUUUAACCCGCUCUCCUCACUCUGCCGAGGCCUGGCGCCUGCUCUGCCAUUCCAGCCUCUCCCUUCUCAUCCUCUACAACCGCCACCGUGAAUGCGAGGUGGCCAAACUCACUCUCCAGGACUACCGCAAACGCAUCACACCACAGACCAGCUCCAGUACCAGCUCCCCCUCUGGCAUGGAGGCCCUCCUGUCCCCCUUCGAGCGCCUGGUCCUCUGUCAUCUCCCGCGGGCUGGUGUUGUAGGCAAGCGUGGUCGCAUCCAGCCACUUAUUCUCCCACCACACUGUGAGUCCUGCGUGGACCUGCUUAUUCAAACUAGUCCUAAUGUGGGCGUGGACCCAGAGAGCCCGUACGUCUUUUCCCGGCCCUACCACUCUCCUGCUACCCCUCUCCGGGGCACGGAUCUCCUAAGAAAUCUGGCUCGAGCCAGCGGGGCCAAGAACCCCGGGGUACUGACAGCAACACGAGCUCGGCGGCAGGUAGCAAUCCUUACCCAACUGCUUCUAUUAGAGGAGAGUGAGAGUCAGGGUGGGGCCACAAAGCGCUUGGAGGACUUUCUGGAGCGAGAGUACCAUGUGACCCAAAGCUGCUCCACCAUCAUACGGGAUCCUGCGCUAAUGGGUCGUGUGGGUCGUGUUGUUCUUUAUGGUGAGAAGGAAGGUGUACUUUUCAGAGGAAUGAGCCUGCAGGACAUCUGUCUUGAGUUGGAUGUGAUGUCAGGAAACUCAGCGGACUCAUUUUCUGAAGAGUCUGAAGCAGAGGAAGAGAAGGAGGAAAUUAAAGAGAAGGUUGAGGUGUUGGUGAAAAAGAAAGGACCAGGCAGACCACCACGGAAGAAGAGAGCUCCCAAUCCUUCUCCUGUCAACCCACCAGUAGCCAACGCCCAUAAGCGGCGAUCUGUUCAACCUAAAUCAGGGAAGCGUGGUGUGCUGAAGCGUCCCUGGUCAGAAGCAGAGCGCAUAGCCGUAGAGACUCACCUGAAGAGGAACCUCAUGGAGCUGCGCGUCCCUGCAAAAGCGGACUGUGAGCGCUGCCUGGAACUCUGCCCUCUGCUGGUGAGCAACCAGCGAGAUUGGCGGGCAAUCAAGUUUUAUGUCCACAACCGCAUUCAGCUGCUUAAGAAGCAAGUCAGGAGGGAAAGCGCCGCCACUGUUUGUUAGAGCAAAGACAAAAGACAUACAAAAAGAGGUGGCAGAGAGAUAUACCAUAAUGUAUAAACCACCAGCAAUCACAAUGAAGACAAAAACUCUUGGCCAUAGUGGAGAGCAACUAAAGCUUUCCUGGUCAUAAGGGACUAGUGUAAUAAAAGUGACUAAGCUAAGAAACACAUGGGUUAUUCCAGUUAAGGAUCAUUCAUGCUCAGUGUUGGGAUCCGCAGUGUCUGUCUCCGGAGUGUAUUAUUAAGUGGUUGGACAAGAAGUACCUGUUAGUGUGAAUAUGAAUUCAGAUGCGGUUAAUAUUUUUUAUUUUCUUUAUGACCAAUUUUUUUUAAUGUCAGUUGCAUUUGAUAGUUAAAAAGUUUUAACUGUUUUGAGAAAUGGAAGAGAGAAGGAGAUGUGUCCAGAGUGACACAGGAUUCGCUCACUUCUAGACCAUCAGGACUUACUCCAAUAGUCGAGCCUUUGCUUCCUCAAAGCGCUGAUGACCAAACAUGACUAUAAAGCUUUGGAAGACAAUACCAAUACUUUUGAUGGUUCACAAAUCCUCACAGAGAAAGACUGAGAUGUGUAUGAACUUGUAUAGUUUGUGUUUGAUAUUGACUGGCAUUGUGCCCACCCCUACCCACUCCCACGGCACCUGAUGGGUGUAUAAAAAAGUAUUCUUUAAAUCUUUCAUACCUCUUCCCAUGAUCGUUGUCAGUCCCAGUAUGUACCAAGGCACACCUACUUGAAUUAAUUGCGUAUCAGACUUUUCCAAACAAAUUUUAUUUGAGAAUCAACAUAUUCACAAUGUAAAUACUACCUUAUCUAUGAAAAGUACCCACAGUAGUGAUGACAAGAGUUAGUAUUGUGUUAUUGUGUAUAUACUUGUAAAUACUAUCUGUACCUAUUAAAGUGUAUGACAUUU